AUGACUUUUCUGAACAUUUCUGAAGAGGAUCUUGCUCUGAAGCAACAAUUGGAGCUGUAUGUGGAGAGAGUUCAGGAUGCUGACCCUAACUUACAGAAGGUUGCGCUUGAGAGCAUGAGGCAGGAAAUCCGAACCUCUACAAGCUCCAUGACUUCGGUCCCAAAGCCAUUGAAAUUUCUGCGUCCACAGUAUGGAACAUUAAAGGCAUUUUAUGAAACCAUGGGGAACUCGGAAUUGAAGAAGUACCUCGCUGAUAUACUCUCCGUUCUGGCUCUCACCAUGUCUGCUGAGGGAGAAAGGGAGAGCUUAAAAUAUAGAUUGGAGGAUUCAGGAAGUGAUAUUGGCUCAUGGGGCCAUGAAUAUGUGAGGAACUUAGCUGGAGAAAUUUCACAGGAAUAUGCUAAGCGACAGAGCGAAGAAGUUCCAAUCAAGGAUCUUAUGGAGCUUGUUCAACAAAUAGUUGCUUUUCACAUGAAGCACAAUGCCGAGCCUGAAGCUGUUGAUCUUCUAAUGGAGGUUGAAGACCUUGAUCUUUUAAUAGAGCAUGUUGACAGCACGAAUUUCCGAAGGACAUGUCUCUAUCUGACUAGUUCGGCUAGAUACCUCCCUGGACCUGAUGACAUGUUGGUUCUAGAUACAGCCUACAUGAUUUAUUUAAAAUUUGAGGAGUAUCCAAAUGCACUUCAGAUUGCCCUAUUUCUGGAUAACAUGUAUGUGAAGCAAGUUUUUACUUCCUGUAAUGAUCAGCUGAGAAAGAAGCAAUUCUGUUACAUCCUUGCUCGCCAUAGAGUGGGUUUGAUUUUGUAUUCUUUAUGA